UAGGCCCAGCACAAACAUGGCGCUCGCGCUGCCCGGCCUAAAUAUGGCGGCCGGGUUGGUCUCUGAGCAUGUGCGAUGUGUCGCGCGCUGUGACGUAAUCGUGCGGCGCCGGACACACGGCUACAGGCGGCCGCGCAGGGUGCUGUGGACGUCAUCGGACGGCGCCUGGCAUGCGGCAAUGGGGCGGCCACGCGGGGGGGCGGGGGAGCCGGGGCCGGGGCCGGUUGGAGAGUUGCUGCCGGGCUCCGGGGCUGCUGAGGGAGGACUUGGCCCCGGGAAGGCACCGGCGCGGAGAACCGCCAAGAGGCGGAAGGAGGAGACGGCGGCAGCGGCGGCUAUGAUCCCUCGGGGCAGGCCGAAGUCUGGGCGGGUGUGGAAGGACCCCAGGAAGAAGAGGUUCUCGCACAUGAUCCAGGACAAACCUCUUCAUACCUCCUGGGAGCACAAGAUGAAGGAGCGGUGCAAGAGGAAGCUUGUCAAGGACCUGGUGCGGCAGUUGCAGGAGGGGAAGCAGAAGGAGCAAGAGGAAAAGAAGCGGAGGCGGGAGGAGAACUUGAAACGGCGCCUGGAGAACGAACAAAAAGCAGAGAUCAUCCAGGUGAUCCGGAACCCACUGAAGCUCAAGCGGGCGAAGAAGAAACAGCUGCGGCGGGUGGAGAAGCGGGACACGCUGGCCCUGCUCCAGAAGGUGCCUGUGCGGUGCAAAGCAGCAGCGGAAUGAGACUAGUGCCCAGGUCUGCAGGAAUGAGACUAGUACUGGGCUGCAGGAUAGAUGCACCAUCCUGGCCUUGGCCAGCCUGCUGCUCCACCAGGCCCAGGCAGCUGGGGUUCCCGCAAAUCCCAUUCCUUUCUGGCACUCCGGGGAUGUUUUCUUGGCUCUGUGGGCAGGAGAUGCUGCUCAGGCCCUUGGCAUCAGUUGGAGAGAGGGACCGAGCUGGUGUGGGGUGACCAUCAGAAUAGGCUCCCGAAUUCCUCCUUCCCUGUAAAAUUGGCAUGCUGCUGCCAGGCUGGAACAGGGCUGAGUCUUGUCUGGCACUGGAAUAAGAACUGCUUCAACUGCCCAAA